AUGCCACUGGUAGACCCUCGCAGGGCCUCAAGCCAAGCUGAGACAGACUCUGUGGUGCCCCGGACCAGCCUUUCUCACCGCCUUGCCAAGAAUCCUGAGGAAUGCUUUAUCAGAUAUGACAAUGCUGCUUGGGGUAACUGUGUGAAGGAAGACAUUCAUAGGCUGUCCAACCCCAUACGGGAAAACAAAGAUGUGAGUCAGAGUGAAGGCUGUGUUGCAAGGACUGUCAGUGGGCCAAGGCACGACACUAAGGGUGGUAAGGGAGCAGAGAGUUGGGACCCCCAGAAACUAGAGGAAGAGAGUGAGGUUGCCUUGGAACGCCGCAGACAACAGCUGACUCAAGAGCUGAUGAGAGAGAUGGCGGGCGACUCCCACCACCACAUUCCCUCAGUGGAUAAGAAGAGAAGAGAAACCUUCAAGUGUUCUUCUGGCAUUAUGCAUGGUCAGCACAGCCACAGGAGGAACCCAUCAUCCUCUAGUAACAGUUCAUCUUCGUCCACCUCCUCCUCCUCUUCCUCCUCCAGUUCCUCCUCCUCAGACUCCUCACCGCACCGCACAGGCUACAAGAAGGAGAGCAAGAGGAAGUCUCGCCCAAGCAAGCGCAUUCCCUCAAGCAGCGACCGAUCAAAGCUGAAGAAAACUAAGUCAUCCUCUUCUUCGAGGAAGCACAGCAGUAGCAGCAGCAAGCCCAGCAAAAAGAGUCACCCCAGCAAGAAGGACCAUGAGAAAGUUCGAAGCCACAAGAGCACCCACUCGCCCACACGCCGCAAGACUCUGUCCAAGAAGGUCCUCUCCCCUGGACGCAAACGCACUCCUUCUCCGUCCUCACGCAAGUCCCAUAAGCUCUCCCCUGGAAGGUCCAAGAGGAGCAAGAGUAGGAAGCGUUCCGGCUCCCCGAGGGAUCGCUUGGAGUACCGAGCAGAGCGCCUGGGUCUGGCAGAGCGUUCCUUGAGUCAUGGACGUGAGGCGAGCCUGGCAGGCCAUGGCAGCUCCUCCUCCCGCAGCAGAGACCCAAGGGUGGAUGAGAGGGUGCGGCGCGUGUCCCCUGAACAGCUGAGCAGGGACCGGUACAGCAGGUACGAGAAAGAGCGCCUGGAGGAGUACGUGGAGCCAAGGCGUGAGCGCCGGUCGCCUGUUGCCUCCAGGUCCCGAGAGGUGGAGCGCAAGGAGAGCCACAGACACAGGGACUAUGAGAGGUGA